CCCUUUAUUUUCAUUUAGUCACUUUCGAUUCGCCGUUGAGGUGGGACUGCGCUUGGUUAACAAAUAAGUAAACAAGUAAAUUUGUGAGUGAUCUCAACUGGUGGAGUUUAUUGUGUGACUCUUAGUGCAUUCAAAAUGGGGUGUGGAACGAGUUUCGUGAAAUAUGUGCUCUUCUUCUUCAAUCUGGUUGUGGCGUUGUGCGGGCUGGCCAUGAUCGGCAUCGGUAUAGCGGUGCUGAUGAACUGGACGGUGCUGAGAGAUUUGCUGCAGAGUCAUCUGACGGUCGCUCCCUGGUUCUUCAUCGUCAUCGGCUCCGUUAUGUUCAUCAUCGCGUUCUUUGGCUGUUGCGGCGCAAUCCGCGAGAGCCACUGCAUGGUUGUCACGUACGCGAUCUUCCUUCUGGUGAUCAUCAUUGUGCAAGUUGUGUUGGCUGUAUUAAUGUUCACAUACGCUGAAACGAUGAAGGAGGUGCUCGUGAAGGGCGUCAACGGACUAUUCGACAAGCGCUCCUCUGAUCCCGCAGCUAACGCAGUCUUCAAUAGUAUUCAGCAACAGUUCGAGUGCUGCGGUAAAACGAGCCCGUCUGACUACGGUGUGAUCGCGGGCGUGAGCGACCUGCCCGACUCGUGCUGCACGCGCGCCAACGGUGUUGUGGGCAAGUUGCUCAGCCGCUGCACCAUCGCUGAUGCUAACGCCAUCGGCUGCGCUGACCGCUCCGGUGAACUCUACGACAAGUGGAACAAAAUCAUCGCCGGUGUCGCCAUCGGCGUCGCUUGUAUUGAGGUGGUCGGAGCGCUGUUCGCGCUGUGCCUCGCCAACUCCAUAAGAAACAUGGACAGAAGGUCUCGCUACUAAUAUUUUGUACUUUACAACUGGUACGCUUAAACAAUAUUUCGAGUGACACGAACAACGAGUGGACAUCGUGGACUGCACAUGGAUAAAUAUGUACAAGUUAAUAUAUUAAGAGAUAAUGCUGGCCCACCUUAUUCAAAGAAAACUUUUAUCGAACACAAAUAUAUUUUAAAACUCUUUCUCGAAGCAUGUUUAGUUUCGAGGAAAAUGAGUUAUUACUAUUCGAACGCAUCAAUAUAAUUUUGCAAUGUUACCGACACUAAUGGUACAGAUAAGUAGAAUAUUUGUUAUUUUUAUUCUGUUAAGCAUUUUAAUUCCAUCACAGAUAAUAUAUGCGUUUUUUUUUGGUUAAUACAUUUUUGUUGUAUGACUUCAUAUAUAAUUAUUAAGGUAAGGUUAAGUUAGUUAAGUCACAUUCGAAUGUUAAAAUUAAAGAAUCCAUUUAAAAAGUAUUUUCCUAUUUCGACUUAUAUUUAAACGUCCAGAUUAUAUUUAUGACUAAAAUGUUAAAAAUUGUAUGCAUUUCUAUAUAAAUGUGAUUUAUGAAGUGUUUCUUAUAUGAUAAAGCUACUGUGUACACGGGAGAAAAUGUAUUAUUGAAUCUCUUAAGCAUUUCAGAUAAUAAUAUAUGUUUUACAUUCUUUGGCUAUAAAUAAAGUUCAACCAAC